GCUACUGGUGCCCGGUGCUGCGACAGGAAAAACUAAUACUCCCGGCGUGCACUCCUUUGCACCACAGUGCACGCCGGGAUAUGGCGGGGUGGCGCGGCGGGCGGUGUCUGUGAGAGAGCGGGAGAUGGAUACGGCCGAGGCGGGGUUGCUGCAGCUCGCCGCGGUGCCUGAGCGGUCACCCGCUGCCGGGCCACCGCGGGUCUCUGGCAGGAGCGAGGGCUCGCGGCUGCCGCAGCUGCCGGCUGGCGAUACGCAGGAGAUGCUAGAGGAGGUGGAGAUGCAGAUCGGUGAUGCCGCCUUUUCACUGGCGAAGAUCCUCGAGGCGACGUCGGCCGUGUCGGCCCAGGUGGAGGAGCUCGCCAGCAAGUGUUCGGAGAACGCUCGGUUCCUCAGAACGUGGCGGGACCUGCUGAGGGAAGGGUACGAGUCCCUGAAGCCCAGCGGCUGAGCUUGCCCCCGUGGCGCACCCUCAGCCUGCGUCGGACUGGAGCGUGGGUGUUUUCAAACAACCUCUUUUCAGGGAAUUCACACGGAAUUCUGUUUUCCUUCAGCAGCUCCCCGUGUGCCCAGAGUUUUGAUGGCUCGCGUGGAUGUUGCAUGUGAGUCAGCAAGUAAAAUAACUUUGUUUAGGGAAUCAUUUGUGACUUUUAGGCUCUUCCAUUGCAGCUCAAGCGAUGUCAUACAUUAAGUACUCUCCCUUUUCUGUUUUGCUUUGCCAACAUGGUGGAUACAAAGUUAGUAUGUGUGGUAUGUACAGAACUAUUUACUGGUGGGGAACUGUCAGCCCUCCAUUUUAAGAGCUGUCACCAGCAGGAACCCUAUCAACUUCAGAGUUAAACUUGCCAAACUAACUUCAUGUUUUUCCUCUAUGCGUACUUUUUCUUCAUGUUGAGGAUAGGAUAAUGGGGCAAGUUGUGGUUUAUUCACAAGCUUUAGAUAAGACCUGUAUCCCAAACCUUACUAUUUUUGGCAGUAUUGCAAUAUAUUUUUAUAAAGCUUCAGAUUUUUUGCAAGAUAUUUUACUACCGCAAACAAUUUUACACUAUCUUUUCAUGUAAUAAAGUGCCUUAUGAUGUACCGUAUAUCUCUGCAUGAUAGAAGUGUAAUAACAUUGUUUACUGAUAGGGUGGAUGAUUCUGAUGUGUAAAAAGCAAGUUAGAGCUUUUCCAGUAUUUGGUCCUGUUUUAUAUCUUUGCCUUAAGCAAUUAUUAGUUAGUCUGGAGCUCACAGUUCUGGGAAGAUCACUAGUCUGUCAUAAGUAACUGUACUGAAACUCCUGUACCUUUACCAGAGCAGUGUGGAAAAAAAGUGAUGGUGAAAUGCAAUGGGAGACUGCAGAAGAACAUGGUUGCACCAUAAUGUAUUAAUCAGCCUCAUUUUCAGUGGUAGAACAACUUUUUAAAACUACAAACUCUAGUUUUAUUAUCAAAAUAAUAAAGAUAUUACCAAAAA